AUGGGUUCAGGCCCUAGUAUCAACCAAUCACCAAUGAAUCUUCAAUACGACCAAUACCAACCAUUCUUCGCAGAUGACAUCCCAGAAUGCUAUGAUAUCCAAAAGAAAACUGAAUCAGAUUUUGGAUUUAACGCGAUAUGGUCCGUAAGACCAUUAGAUUCUGUAAGUCCCAUUAACAGAACAGGAUAUAUAUCAGCAUACGAUCCUGAAAACGACUGUGCAUACAUAGGAUACGGCUGCACAGAAUCCAAACAGCAUAUCAUCGAUUUAUGGCGUUUGGACAUGAAGACACGACGUUGGAAAGAAAUCCAAAUAGAGAAUAACAAAGUUACACCAAGAGCUGGCGCCAGAGCCGUUUUAGUUGGAAAUUUCCUUUGGGUUUUCGGUGGUUUCUACAAUAAGCAGUACUUGGGCGAUCUCCACUGCAUCAAUCUUCUUACAGGUGCUAUCGUACACCCACAGACUACAGGCCAAGGUCCAAAGAACUGCAGUGGUCAUUCGAUGAAUUAUGUCAAUGGAAAAAUUGUAAUUUUCGGUGGUUACAAUAAUGGAUCCAUUGAGCAAUGCUGCAUAUUAGACCUUAGAACCAUGGCAUGGACCAGUAUCGAGACGAAAUUAACCAAAUUCUCCCACGCUUCAACUGUUUAUAACAAUGAAGUAUACUUAUAUGGAGGAUCCAAGACCAAUGCAAUGAUAAAGAUAAAUCCUCAGACCAAAGAGAUCUUUAGUUUGGCUUCUUUCGGACAUUUCCCUUCUUACACUAUGACCAAGUCAUCAAUGGUUACUGUUGGCAAGUAUAUUGUCCAGAUUGGUGGUGUUGCCAAGGCUGGCCAGCAGUUUUCGGCCAUCAGAGUUUACGAUAUCGAAAGAGGUUUAUGGUCCAAGCUUCCCAUCUCUCCUGAUAACACUUCUACAUUGUUAUGCGAUGGAGAAAUUGAUCAGGACGGAUAUUUCAAUCUCCCAUCUUGUUACGACGUUACUUUGGUUUAUCGCGAACAAGAGAGAGAGAUUGUCGCAUUAGAAGGAAAGCCAUUUAACAAUCCUCCUUAUUUAGCUGUUUUAUCACUAGGAGAAGCCAUUCCAGAGCUUAAUCUCCACAGUGAUUUGCUCUCUAUGUUGAAUUCAUUCUAA